GAAGAAGCCAUAGAGUACCACAACCUACAUCUUAAAAUAGCUAAAGAAGUAGGAGACAAGCAUGGGGAGGGUUGUGCUCAUGGCAAUCUUCGCAAUGCUUAUGACCGUCUGGGAGAUUUCAAAAAGGCAUAGAGUACCACAACCUACAUCUUAAAAUAGCUAAAGAAGUAGGAGACAAGCAUGGAGAGGGUGUUGCUUAUGGCAAUCUUGGCAAUCCUUAUCACCAUUUGGGUGAUUCCAAAAAAGCCAUAGAGUACUACAACCUAAAUCUUAAAAUAGCUAAAGAAGUAGGAGACAAGCAUGGGGAGGGUAACGCUUAUGGCAAUCUUGGCAUUGCUUAUCACCGUCUGGGUAAUUUCAAAAAAGCCCUUGAGUACCACAACCUAUAUCUCAAAAUAACUAAAGAAGUAGGAGACAAGCAUGGGGAGGGUGGUGCCUAUGGCAAUUUUGGCAGUGCUUAUUUUAGUCUGGGUGAUUUCAAAAAAGCCAUAAAGUACCACAACCUACAUCUUAAAAUAGCUAAAGAAGUAGGAGACAAGCAUGCAGAGGGUGCUGCUUAUGGCAAUCUUGGCAAUCCUUAUUACCUUUUGGGUGAUUCCGAAAAAGCCAUAGAGUACUACAACCUAAAUCUUAAAAUAGCUAAAGAAGUAGGAGACAAGCAUGGGAGGGUAACGCUUAUGGCAAUCUUGGCAAUGCUUAUCGCCGUCUGGGUAAUUUCAAAAAAGCCCUUAUACCACAACCUACAUCUCAAAAUAACUAAAGAAGUAGGAGACAAGCAUGGGGAGGGUGGUGCCUAUGGCAAUUGUGGCAAUGAUUAUUUUAGUCUGGUGAUUUCAAAAAAGCCAUAGAGUACCACAACCUACAUCUUAAAAUAGCUAAAGAAGUAGGAGACAAGCAUGGGAGGGUGGUGCUUAUGGCAAUCUUGGCAUGGCUUAUCGCCGUCUUGCUGAUUUCAAAAAGCCAUAGAGUACUACGACCUACAUCUUAAAAUAGCUCAAGAAGUAGGAGACAAGCUUAGGGAGGGUAACGCUUAUGGCAAUCUUGGCAAUGCUUAUUUUAGUCUGGGUGAUUUCAAAAAGCCAUAGAGAACCACAACCUACAUCUUGAAAUAGCUAAAGAAGUAGAAGACAAGGAUGGAGAGGGUAUGGCUCAUGGCAAUCUUGGCAAUGUUUAUUACCGUCUGGGUGAUUCCAAAAAAGCCAUAGAGCACCACAACCAACAUCUUAAAAUAGCUAAAGAAGUAGGAGACAAGCAUGGGGAGGGUAGUGCUUAUGGCAAUCUUGGCAAUGCUUAUGACUAUCUGGGUGAUUCCAAAAAAGCCAUAGAUUACCACAACCUAGAUCUUAAAAUAGCUAAAGAAGUAGGAGACAAGCAUGGGGAGGGUGGUGCUUAUAGCAAUCUUGGC